AUGUCUUCUCUCUCUCGCCGGGCAUGCUACAAGUGUGGCAACGUUGGUCACUAUGCCGAGGUUUGCUCCUCUGCUGAGCGUCUCUGCUACAACUGCAAGCAGCCUGGACACGAGUCCAACGGAUGCCCUCUUCCUCGUACUACUGAGGCCAAGCAGUGCUACCAUUGUCAGGGGCUCGGUCACGUCCAGGCCGACUGCCCCACUCUGCGCCUGAGCGGCACUGGCACCAGUGGCCGCUGCUACAACUGUGGCCAGCCCGGUCACUUGGCUCGCGCCUGUCCCAACCCCGUCGGCCCCAUGGGUCGCGGUGCCCCCGUGGGUCGCGGCGGCUACCCCGCCGGUCCCUACGGUGGCCGUGGAGGCUUCGUCGGUGGCGGCCCUCGUCCUGCUACGUGCUACAAGUGUGGUGGCCCCAACCACUUUGCCCGCGACUGCCAGGCCCAGGCCAUGAAGUGCUAUGCCUGCGGAAAGCUUGGCCACAUCUCGCGUGACUGCACUGCCCCCAACGGUGGUCCUCUGAACACUGCCGGCAAGACUUGCUACCAGUGCGGUGAGGCCGGCCACAUCUCGCGCGACUGCCCCCAGAAGAGUGCUGGCGGUGAGAUCAAGGCCGACGUCGACCUCAAUAACGUUCCCGCUCAGGCUGCUGCCGCUGCUGCCUCCCAGGCCGCCGCCGCCGCCACCGCUCCUGUCGCCCCCAUUGCCCCUGUGGCUUAA